UUUAAACUUGAUUACAGUAAAAUAACAACAUGUAGAUUAAAAAAUAUUGAGAAAAAAAAAGCUUGUUUAUUCCGUGUCAUCCGCAUCGAUGAAUGCUCCUAAUAUUUUCUUAAACUAAAAUGGGUUGAAUAUUUAAGUAAAACAAAAGUAGUGAUUGUGAAAGUUAAAAAAUAUAAACGAUAUUAUUGUGGACAUAAUUUAAAAUGUGAUCAUGGCUGCAUUUGUGAUAGUAUUAGUCAUAACAUUUUGGCUUCGAUGCACAAUAGUGUACGGAUAUGAGUUUAUAUCGCAAUAUCCCAAAAAUCAAAAUGAAACAUUCCACUUUAACCACCUUGUUGUUGAUAAAGUGAGCGGACAAGUAUAUGCAGGAUCAUUAAAUACUUUACAUCAGCUUAGUCCAGACUUGAAGCCUCUUCAUGUAGUACGAACUGGGCCGAAACUUGAUAAUCCAAUGUGUCAUGCCAGUGGAUGCCCUUCGGAAGAUAUUCAAACUACAUGGACAGACAAUGUUAAUAAAAUUUUAGUUAUUGAUCAAGAAUCUAGAAUCGUGAUAGCAUGUGGUUCAAUCGCUCAGGGAUCGUGUAUCAAAUACAAGCUAGGAGAUCUUUCGGCUGAUCCCGAGUUUGUCCCUGAGAGUGUGGCGGCCAAUGAUGCGGAAGCCUCUACUUACGCUUUUAUUGGUCCAGAAAGGUACAAUUCAUGGGAUCGCUCUAAUGUACUCUAUGUUGGGACAACAUUCACUAAUAAUGGAGAAUACAGGCAUGACGUUCCUGCUAUAGCUAGUCGAGAUUUGAUGACACUGCAGCUGGCCCAAUUUACGUUUUCCAAGCAGAGCCUAAUACAAAUAGAUGUUAAAUAUAGAGACAAUUUUCUUGUGCAAUAUGUAUAUGGAUUUAACUCUAGUGACUAUGCCUACUUUCUUAUCAUACAAAAACAUUCUCAUCUAGCUGGUAAUGAGGAACUUGGAUAUGUGUCACGUUUAGCUCGUACCUGUGUAAAUGAUGACAAUUAUAAUAGUUAUACAGAGGUCACAUUAGAAUGUAGUGUUCGUGAAGAAACAAGUGUUGGUAAAAGUGAAAUUGUCAAUUAUAAUUUAGUUCAAGAUGCUAAAAUUGCUAAGGCAGGUGUUAAUUUAGCUAAUCAGUUAGGAAUUGAAACUGGUGAUUCUAUCCUUGUGGCAUCUUUUAGCCCGUCGAAAGGAAUAUCUAAUGAACCUACAUCUAAGUCAGCUAUUUGUGUUUACUCAUUGCAAGAGAUAGAAAUUAAGUUUAAUGAAAAUGUUCACAUGUGUUUCAAUGGUAGCACUAAGGCGCGAAAUAUGGGCUACAUAUCAGGCAUGAUAUCAGAUGGUAAAUGUCCUAGUGUAGGUUCCACUGGAAAUAUUCUUAAUUUUUGUGAGGUUGGUCUAAAAAUAAGUGGUCUAUAUCCUAUUAAAGCUAUGUCAGUGAUAUAUUGGAAUGAUACUUUGAUAACUUCUGUAACAAUGUCUGUAACAGGUUUGCAUACUGUUGCCUUCUUAGGAACUAGUGAGGGUGUAAUGAAAAAAGUGCUUAUUGAUGCUGAUAAAGCUUUAGAAUAUUCUAGUGAUUCACUUAUCCCUGGACAAAAAAUUCUUCCAGAUACUACACUAUCUCCUUAUGGUAAGACUCUUUAUAUAUUGGCUAAAAAUUCAAUAGUUCAAAUUGCUACAGAAAAAUGUACAGAGCAUGGCAAUUGCUCCUCAUGCUUAGAAUCAAAUGAUCCUCAUUGUGGUUGGUGUUCUUUAGAGAAACGGUGUACAGUUCAAAAUAUGUGUCAAAAAGGCACACAAAGUGCGCCAAGGUGGUUAUCGCAAUAUACUGGCCAACAGUGUAUUGAUUUUGAACAAAUCUUACCUGAUCGGAUAUCUAUGUCAGAAAUAACCAAUGUUCAAUUAGUAAUUCGGACCUUGCCAGAACUUCCAUUUGGUGCUAAAUAUAAAUGUGUAUUUGGUAAUGCUCCUGCAAUAGAUGCAGCAGUGACAUCAAAUGGUCUGGCAUGCCCAACACCUGAUAUUAAACACAGACCAAAAAUACCUCAAAAUCAAGAUCAUAUAUAUGUACCUCUCUCAGUCCAUUCUUCGGAAACUAAUAAGGAUUUUGUUUCCCGUAAUUUUGCUUUUUAUGAUUGUUCAAAACACAUUACAUGUCAUACCUGUAUUAUGAGUGAAUGGGCGUGCAAUUGGUGUAUUUAUGAUAACAAAUGUACACAUGAUAUAUCUGUUUGUCAGAGAACCAUUAUAAGUGGUGAGAAUAAUCCCAGCAAGUUGCUUAACCACGGUAUUGGGCACUGCCCUAGAAUAAGGCAAUAUAAAAAACCGAUUUUAUUGCCAAACAAUGUACCAAAGGAACUGGAACUUGAAGUUGAAAAUUUGCCACACUUACAACCUGGACACACAGGAUUUCAAUGUAUUGUUAGCAUUGAGUUAGCUAAUAUGAUACUACCAGCCAGAGUUGAAUCUAAUCAUUUUAUUGUUUGUGACAAAACAAUGUAUUCCUAUGAAGAAGAUGUGGGAGAAUAUAACAUAAGUGUAAAAGUUUUUUGGAAUCAUAAACAUUAUAUAGACACAAUAACAAUCACUUUAUACAAGUGUGAAAUUCUUGGAUCUCAUAGAGAUCACGCUGAUUGUUCACUUUGUAUUACUCGGAAUUCCAUUUAUCAAUGCACAUGGUGUGGAAAUUCAUGUUCAUAUAGCGAAUCAUGCUUAGACAAUCCUGUUACAGAAUGCCCUAAACCACGGAUUGACAUGAUAAAACCAUUGAGUGGACCUAUUGAAGGUGGAACACUAGUGACCAUUGAAGGUAGUAAUUUAGGAUUAAGAGUUGAAGAAGUUACUGGAAAAGUUCGAAUUGGUGAUGUUCCCUGUGAAAUUGUAGACUUUGAAGUAUCUGUUAGCAUAACAUGUAAGACAGGUCCAUCUAAUGUUUCAGUUGUAGUACCUGUAAUUGUAGAAAAUGAAGCAGGCCAUACAAGAUCGUCAGUACUAUUCAGUUAUAAAAAUAUACAGUUACAAGGAAUUUAUCCAUCCUUAGGACCUGUAUCGGGAGGUACACAAUUAGCUAUUGGGGGUGAACACUUAAACAUUGGAUCAACAAUUUCAGCUUAUUUAGAUGAAUUGUUAUGUUCUGUAAAUAAAACGCAAACAUCAAAUAGUAGAUUAAUAUGCAUUACUCCUAAAGCUAAUACACCACGUAUUAUCCAUACACUGACAGUAUCUAUAGAUAAUGCAAAUCGAACGUUAUAUGGAGAUUUAUUUAAUUAUACAUCAGAUCCUACAAUUAUGGAAAUAAAGCCUUUGAAAAGUUUUGUUUCAGGUGGAAGAAUGAUAACAGUUCAUGGUACUAAUUUGCAUACAAUACAAAAACCUCUCAUGAAACUCUACUAUGCAAAUGAAGAAAUUCCUGUUAAUGCCACAGGUUGCACUGUGCUUAAUUCAAAUCAAAUGGAAUGUCCCAGUCCAGCUAUAAAUAAAAAAUACUAUGAUAUAAUACAAGCAACGAAAUCUCAGACAAGUACUCCACAGGUAGCUAUGAAAGUAGGGUUUGUAAUGGAUAAUGUAGAGACAAUGCAUGAUUUGGAAAAAUACUUCAAUCCACCUAGAACUCAUAUGGUGUUUGUUGAAGAUCCUCAUGUUUAUAAAUUUCCAAAUCAAAUCAAAUUAUAUAAGGGUGAUCCUUUAGUAAUUGAAGGCGAAAAUCUCAUCAGAGCAAGUGAUGAGUCAGAUGUCAUUGUAACAAUUGGAACCCAACCGUGUAAUGUUACAAGCCUUACUAUGCAACAAUUGUUAUGCACUCCACCAGAAGUUCAACCAACCAAUACUGAUGAGAAUGGUUUUCAGAUCACAGAUAUAAAUUUACCUUUAGUAGUUGUUAAAAUUGGUAGAAACUUGCGAUUUCCUAUUGGAUACUUACACUAUGAGCUUUUAAGAAAUUAUAAUUUUCCUCCAGAAGCCAUUGCAGGAAUUGCUGCCGGAACAUUCUUCUUAGUCCUUAUAUUUAUGAUAGUUUUGGUUAUGUAUCGAAGGAGGAGUACAAAAGCUGAACGAGAAUACAAAAGAAUACAAAUACAAAUGGACACAUUAGAGAGCAACGUUCGACUAGAAUGUAAAUUAGCUUUUGCAGAGCUUCAAACUGAUAUGUCUGAUUUGGCAGCAGAUUUGGAACAUUCUGGCAUACCUACCUUGGAUCAUGUAAAUUAUGUUAUGAAAGUAUUUUUUCCUGGCGUAUCUGACCAUCCUAUACUAAAUGUUCAACGUCAGUUUAUAAAUACGCCACGAACAAAUUAUGAUGCAGCUAUGAUUCAGUUUGAGCAACUUUUAAAUAAUAAAUGUUUCCUUUUGUCAUUUAUCGACACAUUAGAGGCUCAAAAGUCUUUUAAUAUAAGAGAUAAAGUAAAUGUUGCGUCACUAUUGAUGGUUAUUCUAAUGGGGAAAAUGGAAUAUGCUACUGACAUAUUGAAGUCUCUACUUUUACGCCUUAUUGAUAAAUCAGUUUGUACGAAACAUCCGCAACUAAUGUUAAGAAGAACAGAGAGUGUAGUUGAAAAAAUGCUCACAAAUUGGAUGGCAUUAUGUAUGUAUUAUUAUUUAAAGGACUAUGCAGGUUCAUCAUUAUUCUUAUUGUUUAAGGCAAUAAAACAUCAAAUUGAGAAGGGCGUAGUUGAUGCUAUAACACAUGAAGCUAGGUACUCUUUAUCAGAGGAAAAACUUUUAAAAGAGCAAAUAGACUACCAAGUUGUAACUUUACACAUAGUGCAAGAUGAUUUUGAUGAAAAAGUUCAAUGUAAAGUUUUAGAUUGUGAUAGUAUAUCACAAGUUAAAUCUAAAAUAUUAGAUUCUUUAUUUAAAAAUACGCCUUUCAGUAUGAGACCUUCCGUCCAUGAAGUUGAUUUAGAAUGGAGACAUGGAAGAGGUGGCCAUGUUACACUCCAAGAUGAAGAUUUAACAACGAAAACUCUAAACGGCUGGCGAAAAUUAAAUACGUUAGCUCAUUACGGAGUUAAAGAAUCUGCCGUUAUGUCUUUAAUUUCACGACAAAAUGAUAGUUUUAAUACUCCAUAUAAAAUUCCAUGCAAAAAUUGCACUGGGAUUUAUUGUUCGAAUUCCCAUAUUAGGGUAUACAAAAGUGAUAUUACUGACCAAAAUGUACACUAUUAUCAUUUGGUUAAACCUAUUGAAUACCAACACAUAAUAAACAAAACUUCAGAACACAGUCAUAAAGCCAUUCCAGAAAUAUUUCUCACCAGACUCCUCUCUACCAAAGGCACUGUUCAUAAAUUUGUUGAUGACUUUUUCGGUACAAUUCUAACAGUAAAUGAAGUUUUGCCUCCUGCUGUUAAAUGGCUUUUUGAUCUUUUUGAUGAUGCUGCUAGAGCACACGGCAUUAUGAACCCUGAAGUCGUCCAUGCAUGGAAAUCUAACAGUUUGCCAUUAAGGUUUUGGGUCAAUCUUAUAAAGAAUCCAGAUUUCAUAUUUGAUAUCAAUAAAACUUCAACAGUAGAUUCCUCUUUAUCUGUGAUUGCUCAAACGUUUAUGGAUGCAUGUUCUUUGACAGAACAUCGCCUAUGUAAAGAUUCACCAUCCAAUAAAUUACUUUUUGCAAAAGACUUACCGACUUAUAGAGAAAUGGUUAUACAAUUUUACCAAGGUGUUUCUCAAUUACCUCAAGUUUCCGACCAAGAGCUAAGUACCUCUAUGCAGCAGCUUUCAGUUGAACAACUUAAUGAGUUCGAUACUCUAUCUGCUUUAAAAGAGUUGUAUAUCUAUGUCAGUAAAUAUAGAGAACAAAUUAUUUUAGGGUUAGAAAACAAAAUGCACCUAGCUCAUAAAUUAGAUAAUGUAGCGUGCACGUUGGAAGGCGAUCCUGCAGCUGUAUGCUGACUAUAUGAUAAUCUAAGUUACGAUUUAAUUACAUUUACAUAAUUUAUUUAUAAUACAGAAAUUUUGUACAAAGAGCUUUAAUUUAUUUUGGAAAAUACUCAGAAUCCAUUUGUAAAAAGACUGUAAAAAUAUCAGUUUUAAAGGUAUAUUUUUUCUUUUACUAUAAAUAUUAAGGACAUUAUCAGCACCAUAAUAAUUCCUAAUAAGAUUUUGGAUAUAUUUGUUUCAUUUCUAUCAACGUUAUAUUAAGACAAAAAUUUGUAAGAAUAUUUUUCUCCCAGUGGCCAUAUUUUUUUUUAUUUUUUAUUAUCUAUUUACUUAUAUGCCAUUUUUUAUUUAGUAGGUUAAAACUAAAAGUAUUAUAAAGACUCAGAAAUCUAUAUUAUCUUAUGAUUUCCUAAAAUAUUAGAUCUGAUACUCAUAUUAAGUUAAUUGUAAAUUUAUACAUGUAUGCUGCUAAACUACUUAAUAUUGAUGUUUAUUGAUGUAAGAUGUAUGUGUAAAGAGAAUAGUUUAAGAAAAAUGUUGUGAUAUUUGUAUUUGGAAUAAUUAUAACUCUUUUGAUCUUUUAUGCUUCAAUACAUGAUUUGUGACAUUAAAAAUUAUGUACUUUAUUGCACAACAUACUGUUUUAGUUCUAAUUAUAUUUUGUGAAAUAUGAAUAAUUAUUAAUCAUUGAUCAUUCUAAUUAGUUUUCUAUUUUAAGAGACACAUUGUUGUAAACAAAUUUAAAUAGAAUAUAAACACCGUGCAAGUAUAUUUAAUUUGAUAAUUUUUAUAAAAUCUUUAACAAUUCUUUUCAAUAUUACAAUUUAAAUAUAAACUCUUUAUAUUGAUCUCUAUUUUAUUGCUCAACAUUUUUUAGCAUCUUGUUAUCAUGUCAAUUUAAUUUUUUAAAGAAUAUCAUUAUAUUAUUCCAUUUACAAUGUAAUUUAAGAUUAGUUUAAACUUCUUAGUGUUUAAGGCAUCGUAAAUUCACCCGUCUUUUAAAAAUUUUAUAUAAUUGACUUAGAAAUAUACUUAUUUAUCAAAAA